UUCAACUUUUUAAAGACAGUUCUGUGUAAUACUCUGUGUACUCAUGGUACAAAUGCUAGUGAGUACCUGUAAAAUAACUGUUGUGAAUGCAAGUGACAAGUAGUGUGUAUGAGACUAUUUUCCUUUUAAUGCUUCUUCUCUUGACCCCGCACCUCCACGUCCAUAAAUCGUCAGCCCCUGUCAGGAGGUCCAAGGAUGCCAGACGCAGGGAAUAAACAGAGCCGACAGCGGGGCCCCCCACCACCAGGACCAUGUCCAAGGCGGCGGGAGAGUGCGUCCGAGCCGGCCUCCGCCUGCCAGUUCCCAGCAGGGCUCUGGCGGCGGCGGCGUCACCCGGAGAGGGCAGGCGAGGUGCGGGAGGAGAGGAUGGAGUCAAGAGCUUCCAGGAGAUCCCUCACACCGGCAGGAGCGGAUGGAUCAACCUGGUCCAGGUCUGGAGGGAGGACGGCUUCAGGCUGCUCCACAAGCGCAUGGAGAGGACCUUCCAAAACCUCGGACCUAUUUACAGAGAGAAGCUGGGCACCCAGAGCAGCGUCAACAUCAUGUUGCCCGGCGACGUGGCGCAGCUGUACCGCUCCGAGGGUCCGUACCCGCGGCGGAUGAUCCUGCAGCCGUGGGCGACGCACCGAGAGACUCGCCAGCACAGCAAGGGAAUCUUCCUCAAGAACGGCGAGGAGUGGCGCUCCGACCGCCUCCUCCUCAACAAGGAGGUGAUGGUGAGCGCCGCCGUCCGGCGUUUCCUCCCCCUGCUGGACCAGGUGGCCAGGGAUUUCUGCCGGAUGCUCGGGGACCGGGUGGAGGCCGCGGGCGGCGAACUGACGCUGGACCCCAGUCCGGACCUCUUCCGCUUUGCACUGGAAGCCAGCUGCCAUGUCCUCUACGGCGAGCGUGUGGGCCUCUUCUCCUCCUCGCCCUCGCUGGAGUCAGAGAAGUUCAUCAUGGCGGUGGAGAGAAUGCUGGCCACGACUCCGCCCCUCCUCUACCUGCCCUCCUCCCUGCUGGAACGCGUGGGCGCCCCCCUGUGGACUCAGCACGCUGCAGCCUGGGACCACAUCUUCAACCAAGCCGAGAGCAGCAUCCAGAGGGGCUUCCGGCGCUUGUCCUCCGAGAUGGCCGCCGGGACCAAGACGGACGGGUACAGCGGCGUUCUGGGACAACUGCUGGAGAAAGGACAGCUGUCUCAGGACCUCAUCAAGGCCAACAUCACUGAGCUGAUGGCUGGAGCUGUUGACACGGUGAGUGUGGGUCUCUGUGUGUGGGGGUUUGUGUGUGUUGAUAUUGUGUUGCCGUGUGCCCAGACUGCGGUCCCCUUGCAGUUCGCGCUGUUCGAGUUGAGUCGUAAUGCGGAUGUGCAAGACAGCGUGAGGCAGCAGGUGAAGGCGUCAUGGGCUCAGGCAGGCGGUGAUCCUCACAAAGCCCUGCAGGGGGCGCCACUGCUUAAAGGCACCGUGAAGGAGAUUCUAAGGUUGUAUCCAGUAGGUAUCGCUGUUCAGCGAUAUCCCGUAAGCGAUAUCAUUCUUCACAACUACAAGGUUCCAGCAGGGACCAUGGUCCAAGUGUGUCUUUACCCCCUGGGGAGGAGUGCAGAGGUCUUUGACAAGCCGCUGACCUUUGACCCUGGGCGGUGGGGGGCGGAGCGAGGAGGCCAGGAGGGGGCGGGCUUUCGCUCGCUGGCGUUCGGCUUCGGGGCGAGACAAUGUGUCGGCCGCAGGAUCGCCGAGAACGAGAUUCAACUCUGCCUCAUGCACAUCCUGCUGAAUUUCCACCUCAGCGUGUCGUCCUCACAAGACCUCGACACCAAAGUCACGCUCAUCCUUCAGCCUGAGACUCCACCCAGGAUCACCUUCCGGAAGAUCUGAGACACACACACACACACACACACACACACACACACACACACACACACACACACACACACACACACACACACAGAAUAGUAAGUGCCAUGUGUGAUGUCAUCACUGUGUUGUCUUCUACCAUCAUGUGUGAUGUCAUCACUGUGUUGUCUUCUACCAUCAUGUGUGAUGUCAUCACCCUGUUGUCUUCUAGCAUCAUGUGUGAUGUCAUCACUGUGUUGUCUUCU